CUACGCCACAAAAUCCAAGUGAUUAUCACGCAUUAUUGAUCAGGAUAGAGGGUUUUAAGUCUAUCCAUUGGCUCAGUGCAGGAAGCCCUUCGUGAAGUGCGCACUCGGCAGAUUGUGUGAAUGAGACACGUCCGCGCCACCCCUGGGCCUAAAGAAGCAUUAGCGAACUGAGCUCGCGACAAAUGGCCGUCUGUUUUCUGUCUUUGUGUGGGAAGAAAUCAAUCCGUUUGGGUAGUUUACCGACUAAACUCUGCCGAGUCAGCACCCGUAUCUGCUUCUCCAGCACUGCUGCAGAGAGGCGUACUACGGGAGACGACUGCCCCAAUGAUGACGGUGAUGAUGAGCAAAGUCUCUCGGUAACACAUGUCCGAAUGUUGGAGAUGAAAGCCAACAAGCUGGAAGAGCAGGUCCGGGAUCUCACUCAACGCUACAAAAGGGCCAUUGCUGAUUCAGACACCGUUCGGAGAAGAACUCAGAAAUUUGUGGAGGAUGCAAAGAUCUUUGGAAUUCAAAGUUUCUGCCGAGACCUGGUGGAGGUGGCCGACCUGCUGGAUAAAGCUGCAGGAGUCAUAGACGUAGAGGAAACUCAGAACCUGACUGAAAUCACAAACAAACUGCAGCAGGUGUUUUCCAAGCAUGGGCUGGAGAAAAUGAGGCCUGUGGGUGACUCAUACGACCCUUACCAGCACGAGAUAGUGUGCCAUACUCCAGCUGAAGGACUCGAGCCUGGUCUCAUAGCCAUUGUGAAGCAAGACGGUUACACGCUGCACGGGCGCACUAUUCGCCAUGCGCGUGUGGGGAUCGCCGUGAAAACACAGGACUCUUGAUUUCACGAUUGUAUUGGCCGUACUUUUUUCUAAUUGUCAUUUACAAUAUUGAUCCCUAAGGGGAAAUUUGGGAAUUUGUACAGUAUGUUUGCACACUUAUAUAAUAGAGCUUUUUUGAGGCCUUGUUCACGCUUAGUAUUAACAUUUACUUUGGAUGAUCAGAGCACAGGUAGAGGUGUGAACGAGCCAGACACAUCUCGUGGGGGUUCUCUGAGAGAUGCAUGUGACCAUGUUACCCUGUUGUAACAUGAGUGCAGGUGUGGUCUGAUUUGUCCCUGACUACAUGGCUGACCCUUUAGUGAUUCCAGGUUCACUAAUUUCACGCUAAGCUAUUUUACAGACUAACCACACCGUUGAUGCAUGUAACAGGAUUAAUUUUUUUCUUAUUGCUUGAGCUUAAAAGAGAUUUAUUUAAUUUCUAUAUUUUAAAUGUUCAUACCAGCCACACUCAUGCAUGUAUGCAUCUGAGCCUUGCGUUUUCUUUUCGUUCUUCACAUAAGCUCCAUUUGCUGAAAAGUGUUUGUGGCUUGGUCUACGCAUUCAAUCUGCUGACUUUUUCCCCUUUUUUUAUGUCAAUGUUUUACUUUGAUUAGGGCCUAUGAUUAUUCAUUUAUGUAGUUUACAAUCUUGGUUUUUUUUUAUUAUUAUUAUUAUUAUUAUUUAUUACAGUCUACAAGUUUAUUUUCUGAAUGUAUUUUAUUAUUUCUUUUUCUUUUCUUCUUUUUAUAAAUUGCUUUCUUUUUGUUUUGUUCAUUUGUUAGUCACAGAAGUCGGUACUGAAAAUUAGACAGUAUUUGUAUAUAUGAGGAUUUGAGGCCAACCAUGCUGAAAAUGAGCUUAUUUAUUUGUAUCUAAAAAAAAAAACUUUUCACUGGACCUUGUUUUUGGGUGAAAUUGUAUUUUUUCAUUUUUGCCCCCCAUUCCCCUUGAAUUAUCAUUGAAUUAUUAAAUGUUAAACAUCCCCUUGUUAGUAUUGAUCGCAAGGUUUUGCACUGUAAGUAUAUUUGUAUUUGAGAAUAUCCCCCUACCUCUAUAUUAUGAAAGAAAUAUGACAAAAUGAGUAAUGAUUGUUUACUCAAGAUUUGGUGUUGAACAAACUGACAAUUAGUAAAAGUUUGUGGGUUUUGUGCCUUAUUGACAGAUCCGCUGUGUCAGAAUAACACACCUCACCAUUUCCCUGUUUAGCUUUGAAAUUAUGGUGCACCUUACAUUCGUAUAUGAAGUCCAUAUGAGAGAGAGAGGAACCUGUUUGAUAUUUAUGUUUAAAUUAUGCAAUCUUUAAGUCUUGUGAUUUUUCUGUGAUCUUCACAAUCCAGCGUGAAUUCGGCUUGGAGUUGCAUAUGGGAAAAUAGUAUUUUGUGUGCAUGAUAUCAGUGAUGUACGGCAUGUUUAUCACUCAUUAUUUUUGUUAAAGUAAUAUUAAAAUGUAAAACAUUUCUGUAA